AUGGAGACUCGGGAGCAACCUGAGGAGGAACAGAGCAACCCAAGAGGAAAUCUCGUUCUAAAUCAGAGGGAAAGUGGAGAGGAGCAAGAUGUGAAGUAUGAGUUGAAACCCGUCAAGUGCACAAACUGUAAAGGCUAUGGGCAUGAAAUGAAAGAAUGCAGGAAGCCAAUAGAGAAGAUAUGGCAAAAGAGGAAAGAGGAGAUACAAAAGGAAGAAACUGUGACAGAGUUAACAACCAGAACAUCCAAGACAAACAAAGGGAAAGAAGUAGUUCAAAGUCCAGGAAACAGUGUUCUCAAGCAGAAACAAUCUCCAAGUAACUUUGGAAGAAAUGUAGAAAGUAGUAUACAAAAGAGAGAUAAUACAGACUCUAGUGGAAGUAUUAGAAUACUAAAUCACAAAAGUGAAAAGGUUAAUGAAGUGAGUGCUUACCCGAGUUUUGCUGCAUUUCUCGGUAAGCUUGAGUGCUUGUGCCGGGGCUUUGCUGCAUUUCUUGGUAAAGCCGGUUGCCUGACCCGAGUUUUGCUACAUUUCUAUGUCAAGUUGGCUGCUUGUUCCGGGUACUCUGAUUGCCGGGUUUUGCUGAGUGCUUUUCCCGGGUUGAGGCGUGUGGUUGUCCCGGGUCUUCUUGUACUGAGAAAGAGGGCCAGUGACAAUUCUGGUAUCAGAGCCCCAGAGGCGACCGCUGAGAAGAUACAGCGCAUCCUUGGAAAAGCACUUAAUGAUAUUGCUGACUGUGUUGAAGCCUUAGAGAGACGAGUUAGUGGUGAAGGUACGUCUUCCUCCGGCUUGGGGAGAGACGAUGCCUUGGAGUCGGUUAAACAAGACGUGCUCAUCCUCAAGAGAACGAUAGAGGAAUGCAGCACAUGGGUGGAGCGGGAAGAGGAUCAAAGAAUGGUUGAGUCACUGGUUCAAGAUGUGGCGUUGCUAAAACGGGCACUAGCGUGUGGCAUGCCCGUUGGUGAAGAAGUUGCCCCUAAGGCUGAGUAUAAGUCGGGUUCCAACACCGGUGAAGCGAAGAAAGGACGGAAGGAUAGUAAAUCCAAGGACCGUGGGAAGGCUAACAAGCAAUUUGCGAAGAAGACUGAUGCCGGUAAGUCUUCUUCCUCUAAUGAGCAGCAAAAGAAGAGAACCGGGUGCUUCAAAUGCGAUGGCCCGCAUAUGGCAUGGGACCGCCCUUACCAGGAGAAGAUCAACGCUAUCAUUGCAGGGGAAGCUGAGGAAACGGUCCCGCCCCGGUUGAAUCCUAUGAAGUUGCUGUAUGCAAUCACAAUGGUAUAG